CACCAGACCUCCUUUCUUUUGCAGAUUUCUCUGCGGUCGAGCCUCCUGUGCGCGAAAGCUGUAAGAGUGUCACUUCACUCCACGGGGCCGGUGCCUGAAGCGGUCGCAGCAGCUUGCAGCUUGCAAAAGCAGCAGCUUGCAAUAGCAGCUGCAGCUUGCACCAGCAGCUGCAGCUUGCACCAGCAGCAGCUUGCACCAGCAGCAGCUUGCAGAAGCAGCAGCUUGCAGCUGCAGCAAGAGCCGCAAAGGUGUGUGAGCGCCCGUGAACGUUCCCAGGUAACCAUGGAGAUCAGUGGCCUCCCACUGGAGCUGUGGCGCCUGAUCUUAGCCUACUUGUGUCUUCCUGACCUUGGCCGUUGCAGCCUAGUGUGCAGAGCCUGGUACGAGCUCAUCCUCAGCCUAGAUAAUACCAGGUGGCGACAGCUGUGCUUGGGUUGUGUUGAGUGCCGACAUCCCAACUGGCCCAACCAGCCGGAUGUGGAGCCCCAGUCCUGGAGAGAAGCCUUCAAGCAGCACUACCUGGCCUCCAGAACGUGGACCAAAAACGCUCAGGACGUCGAGGCCGCCAACUGUUUGUAUUUAUUCAGGAGGAAAAAGGACCGGCGGAUUCUCUGGGUCGGGCCCGGCUGUGAGUUCGACAGCCUCCGGAGUGCCUUGGCUUCAGCCAGCAUUUAUGACAGGAUUAAGCUGCUCCCCGGGGUGUACGAAGAGCAGAGCGAAAUCGUCCUGAAGGUGCCCGUGGAUAUCAUGGGCCACGGAAAGCUGGGAGACGUGGCCCUGCUGGUUUGCAUUGAUCAGCACUGCCCGACCACGCGGCUGUGCAAUCUCGUCUUCAUGCCAGCGUGGUUCACCCCCGUCGUGUAUAAGACCUCAUCAGGCCACGUCCAGUUCGAUAACUGCAACUUUGAGAACGGACAGUUACAGAUUCAUGCCCCGGGGACCUGCCAGGUUAAAUUUUGCACCUUUAAUCAAGCCUGCAUCAGUUUCCACAGAGUGGCCCUCGGGGUCCUGGAAAACUGCGAGUUCGUUGGGAGCGAAAUUGCCUCGGUGACAGUUGAGGGGCAUCCAUCCGCCGACAGAAACUGGGCCUGGAAGCACCUGGUGGGACUGGCCAAGUCCCGCUCCGUGUUAUUAGAUCCGCAAAACCCGGCAUUGUGUGACACCUCAGGCCGGGAAGUCCUGGCACCCCCACCCCCUGGAAACCUGAGGACCUGCGAGAUCGUCAUCGGGGAAGGCCAAAGCAGUUUCCUCCCCACUUCAAAAUCCCCGGAGCCGCGUGAGAAGGCCGGGGAGGAGAAGCAGAGCGAGGCCAUUGGGAACCUCAAGGAUGGGGAAAGGGAGACCUCGGACUACAGCGAAGACGAACUGAGCGCUAGCAGUGAGAAUGAGGACGAUGACCAGGCAGCGUGUAAGGUGUCGUCCUACCAAGCUCACGGUCUGAGCUACAUGCUGGCCGAGUCCCUCCUGUGCCGGCCGCCGACCGACGGGCUGCUUGCCCUCCAGAGUGACCUGGAGUUGAAGACUCUGCAGCAGGAAUUGCAGAGGGAUAAGGAAGCCCAGUCCCUUGCCAGUUCCCUGCAAGGAUGCCUCAUCCAGAAGUGCCUUUUCAGGGACGGCAAGGGGGGAGUCUUCGUCUGCUCUCAGGGCCAAGCCAAGAUCGAAGCGAGCAUCUUCAGGGACUUGACCUAUGCAGUCCGGUGCAUACAGAAUAGCAAGAUUAUCAUGCUAAAGAAUGACAUAUGCCACUGCAAAGCGUCAGGAAUAUUUUUGCGCCUGGAGGCAGGAGGCUUGAUUGCGGACAACAACAUUUACUCUAACUCUGAGGCUGGCGUGGAUAUACGGAAAGGAGCCAACCCCCUAAUACUGUGUAAUAAGAUACACAGUGGCCUUCGUUCCGGCAUCGUCGUCCUUGGCAACGGAAAAGGCGUCAUCCGUAGCAAUCAAAUCUUUGGAAAUAAAGAAGCUGGAAUUUAUAUUUUGUAUCACGGAAAUCCCAUUGUGAGCGGAAACCACAUUUUUCAAGGUCUCGCCGCUGGCAUAGCAGUAAAUGAGAACGGAAGAGGACAAAUCCUAGAGAACGUCAUUCGGGAAAAUCAGUGGGGCGGUGCGGAUAUCCGUCGAGGAGCUGACCCUGUUCUCAGAAGUAACCUCAUUUGCUGUGGCUACUCGGAUGGAGUGGUUGUGGGAGAGCAAGGGAAAGGACUGAUAGAAGGAAAUACUAUCUAUGGUAACAAGGGCUGCGGGGUGUGGCUCACGUCGUCCAGCCUGCCCCACAUCACGAGCAACCAGAUCGGCCAUAACAGCAUCUACGGGGUCGCCGUCUUCUGCCGCAAAGACGCCGCCGCCGCCUAUCUCCCGAACCAGGGGGGCCACCAGAACUUCAACGACGAGGGAGAAGCUGCCGGCUGGGAGGACGACCUGGACGGCGAAGACGACCGCUUCUCUUCCCGCAGGUCCAUCAGCGUGGCGCUCAUCGAGUCCAACAGCAUUAAUCAUAAUGGAGCUGCCGGCCUGUACAUCAGAAGCAGCGAAGCCCUGAAUGUCGUUGCCAACGUCAUCCACGCCAACCGCGACAGCGGCGUGGCGGUGUCCCAGAGCCCCCGGCUCACCCGGAUCGCCGACAACAGCAUCUCCCGCAACAGCCUGGGCGGCGUCCUGGUGGAGGCGGAGUGCAGAGUGGAGCUUCGAGGGAACGGGAUCUAUGACAACAGCAGUCACGGCAUCGCGUCUAAGGGCGACGGGAUCAUCGUCGAGAACGACAUCAUCGGAAACGGGGGCUGCGGGCUCCAGUUACUCCAGGCAGCGGACAUGAAGGUCACCGGGAACCGGAUCCAGUCCUUUCGGGAUUAUGGCAUUGUCAUGCUUGGCCAGACCAAAGGCCUGGUUCAGGAAAACCUGAUCUUUCAAGGGAAGUCCAAAAAAACCAUCUUGCAGCAAGUGUCGGAUCUAGAGGGCUGCGUCGUUCGAAACAACAAGCUCCUGGCCUUCAAGAAAGAGUCUGGCGUCACCUGGAAGCUGGAAAACCCGCCCGCGAGACCUCACGUCGAAGGCCCCUCGAGAGGUGUCUCCACGGCCCAGAACGGUCAGAAGGCGGCUGCCGUGACGGGCGGGAUAGCGGCCAGGGUGGACGGUAACUGUCACAGUAACCGCAGCAUCUUCUGCACCGUCCUCUGACUUGCCGGCGGGUAGGUCCGUCCCCCCGUCCCCGUCC